UCUGUUAAAGCAUCACAACACCAGCUGUAAACGUAGUUGUAGUAACUGCAUUGCCAUUGAAAUGGCGCCGAGCAGGGUUGCUGCUGUCCUGGACGGCCAGGGGAUGGCCAAAGCCACGGACAGCCGCAUUGAUCUUGUGGUCACCACCGGUGGAGUCGAUGAUGACGAAAAGUUUGCGCCCUCCGUAUGGGGUGACUUCUUCAUCACCUACGUCCCUCCUAUGUCACAGAGAUCAGAGGAGUGGAUGAGAGAGAGGGCAGAGCUGCUCAAGGGGCAAGUACAUCAGGUGUUCAAUGCGAGAAUGGAUGCCAUGGGUGUAGCUGAUCUGGUAACAUAUGUAGACACACUUGAACGCCUAGGCUUGGACAACCACUUCCCGGAGGUGAUUGAAGCUGCACUAAACCGCAUCCGGACAGAAGAACCAGAGCCUGACGUGUUCAACAGCCUGCACAUAGUGUCACUACGGUUUCGCCUACUUCGGCAGCAUGGGAUCUGGGUAUCCGCAGAUGUGUUCGACAAGUUCAGGGAUGAAGCAGGCAGUUUCAGCACAGGAAUAUGCAGUGACCCUAGGGGCUUGUUGAGCUUGUACAAUGCAGCUCACAUGGCUGUACCAGGUGAGGUGGCUCUCGACGACACCAUCGCCUUUGCGAGAGGCCACCUCCAGGCCAUCAAAGGAAAGGUCAGGUCACCAAUAGCAGAGCAGAUCUCACGCGCACUCGACAUCGCGCUCCCGCGGUUCACAAGACGGCUUGAAACCAUGCACUAUAUUGCAGAGUAUGAGCAUGAAGAGCCACACGACAGCCUCUUGCUUGAGCUUGCUAGGCUGAACUAUAACCUUGUCAGAACCCUUCACCUCAAGGAGCUGAAGGACCUCUCCUUGUGGUGGAGAGACCUUUAUGACACUGUGAAGCUACCAUAUGCUCGGGACCGUAUGGUAGAGAUAUACUUUUGGACCUGCGGGAUGCUACAUGAGGAGGAGUACUCUCGUUCACGGAUGUUAUUUGCCAAGACAUUUGGAAUGGUUUCACUGUUGGAUGACACUUUUGAUGUUCAUGCCACCUUGGAUGAGUGCCACAAGCUCAAUGAAGCUAUGCAGAGAUGGGAUGAAAGUGAGGUUUCUAUCCUACCAGAAUAUCUACGCUUGUUGUACAUCAAAACCCUAAGCAACUUCAAAGAGUUUGAGGACAGUUUGGAACGAGACCAAAAGUAUCGUAUGUCUUAUGCCAAAAAAGCGUACAAGUUGUCAUCCAAAAAUUACCUCCGCGAGGCUAUCUGGUCCAGCCAGAAGUACCAGCCAAGCUUCAAGGAACACGAGGAGGUGUCAAUCAUGUCAUCAGGUCUGCCAAUGCUUACGAUUAUAACAUUAAUGGGCUAUGGUGAUGUGGCAACCCAGGAGGUGUUCGAAUGGGUAGAUGCUGUUCCUGAAAUGGUCCGUGCUGGUUCACAAGUCACUCGCUUCCUCAACGACUUGUCUUCUUACAAGCUGGGAAAGCACAAAAAGGAUAUGCCUAGCGCCGUGGAGACCUACAUGGUAGAAAAUGGCUUAAAAGGGGAAGAGGCUGUGGCAGCAAUCGCCACACUUCUAGAGAAUAGGUGGAGAAUUUUGAACCAAGCAAGCAUGAAAAUAGAUCGCACAUUAUUGCCAGCGGUGCAGGUGGUGGUGAACAUGGCAAGGACAAAUGAGAUCAUCUACCUCCAUGGCAGGGACGGGUACACCUUUGGUGAUGACCUCAAGGACCUUAUCAUCACAUUGUUCCUCAAACAAGUUCCUCUCUAGAUUUUAUUUUAAUCAACGUGAUUGUCACCAUGCACGUAAUAAGUGUACCCAUCUAUGUAUGGGAAUAGUAUGUUCAUUAAUUCUCCUCUUUGAGCGGUCUAAAAGAGAUUUUCUUACUGGCGGGUUUGCUUGUUGUUAUGUUCUUUGAAGUUAUAGGUUUGUGGAACAUAUGUACACCAUCCGUGGAAA